AUGCAGAAUUUCUGGUACAUUUGCUCUCAAAAUUCACUUUCUUUCUCCCAAGAACUGGAUGUGGAUCUAUUAAGAACUGACACUCUUGCUUUUUUUAUCAAGAACCGGCUUUCCCGUUCUCUCUCAAGAACUGGCUUUCUCGUUCUCUCUCUCUCUCAAGAACCGGCUUUCCCGUUCUCUCUCUCUCUCUCAAGAACCGGCUUUCCCGUUCUCUCUCUCUCUCCAAAAAAUGAGAAAAUGAUCUCUCUCUCUCUUCUCUCAAGAACCGUUUCCCGUUCUCUCUCUCUCUCUCUCUCUCAAGAACCGGCUUUCCCGUUCUCUCUCUCUCUCUCUCUCUCUCAAGAACCGGCUUUCCCGUUCUCUCUCUCUUCUCUCAAGAACCGGCUUUCCGUUCUCUCUCUCUCUCUCUCAAGAUACUUUUAUUCUAAAAAAGAAAUCUCUUCUCUCUCUCUCUCAGAAAUAUUUCCGUUCUCCGCUUUCCCGUUCUCUCUCUCUCUCUCAAGAACCCUAGCUUUCCCGUUCUCUCUCUCUCUCUCAAAUAAAAAAAUAUUUUAUCUCUCUCUUCUUAAAAUCUUCUCAAGAACCGGCUUUCCCUCUCUCUCUCUCUUCUCUCAGUCAAAACGGCUUUCCCGUUCUCUCUCUCUCUCUCUCAUCAAGAACCGGCUUUCCCCGUCUCUCUCUCUCUCUCUCUCAAAACCACUUUCCCGUUCUCUCUUUUUCUUUUUUUGCAAUGAUCUUUCCCGUUUUCUCUCUCUCUCUCUCAAAACCCAUUACAAAUCCCUCUCUCUCUCUCUCAAUACCGGCUUUUCCGUUCUCUUCUCUCUCUCAACAAGAACCUCUCUUGUUCAAGAACCUCUCUCUCUCUCUCUCCAGAACCGGAUUUCCCGCAAGUCUCUCUCUCUCUCAGAUACAUUGUUUCCUUUUCUCUCUCUCAAAAACCUCUUGGUUCCCAUUCUCUCUCUCUCUCUCAAGAACUCGCUUCCUCGUUCUCUCUCUCUCAAGAACUUUCUAUUCCUCGUUCUCUCUCAAGAACUUAGAAUUCCUCGUUCUCUCAAGAACACUCUCUCUCUCUCUCUCAACUUUCUUCUCGUUCUCUCUCUCUCUCUCAAGAACUCGCUUCCUCGUUCUCUCUCAAGAACUGGCUUUCUCAUUUUUUUAUCUCUCAAGAACUGGCUUUCCUAUUCUCUACCAAGAUGA